AAAACAGGAAAUUUAGCCCCCGCUGUGUUCUUCCUAAUCUACCCACUGCGCACGGAGGCUGUUCCCGGCGACGGGCGGUGAAUUUCCCAGCGACGAGAGAGCCUGGAUUCUGAAGUGCAGGCAGAUCCACACCGUCGGGUCCUGCUCCUCCGACGGCCGCUUCUCCUCCCGCAAAGUCCAGCGCCGCCACUGGUGCUGUGGUCGACAAAAGCUACCUUACUUCUAGAGUUGCAGCGAAGAAAUAGAGAAGCCAGGAACCCCUUCUAAACGGAUUCAGCUUGUGCAGUAUUCCAAGAAUUCUGAAGAAACCCCAAGGAAAGAGACCCAGAGGAGGGCGGGCAGGAUGAUCAGUGUUGGGAAGACGAAGCAGUAUGCAAACGUUCUUGACAAGCCCCUCAGCCGAGGCAGACAGGAGGUCAGUUUGAGUGCAUUCGCAUUCUUGUUCUCGGAGGUGGUUCAAUACAACCAGACACAAGUUGACAACAUUGCUGACCUGGAACGAAGGCUGGAGGACGCUGGUUAUGCUGUUGGUGCUAGAGUUCUUGAACUGCUGUGUCACAGGGAGAAGGGGAAUAGACGAGAGACUCGACUGCUGGGGAUUUUAUCAUUCAUUCACAGCACUGUAUGGAAAGUACUGUUCGGAAAGGUGGCUGACUCGCUUGAGAAAGGAACAGAACAUGAGGAUGAAUACAUGAUUAGUGAAAAGGAGCUUCUUGUUAACCGGUUCAUUUCCGUGCCGAAAGACAUGGGGGCAUUCAACUGUGGAGCUUUUGUUGCAGGGAUUGUAAGGGGCGUAUUGGACAAUGCUGGUUUUCCAGCGGUAGUUACGGCACAUUUUGUGCCAAUUGAAGGCCAGCAGAGGCCCAGGACAACAAUCUUGAUUAAAUUUGCUGAAGAGGUUUUACGUCGGGAAUCAAGACUUGGCUGAAAUGCACACCAGGCUAUUUCUUCUGUUCUGUUUGUAAGAUGAAUCCAUUUCAAAUAUGUUUUGUUCUUGAUUUAUGUAAUACUAAUAUACUGGUAAUUUUCCAUCGAAAAGGUAUACUAGUAAUUUUGAGAAUAUAAGCAGUAGCCUCAUUUUAUGAGUGUCUAACACGGGAAUACUAGCAAAAUGUAUGUGCAGAAGAGAAACAUCAAAAGGAUUAGAAGAGCCCACGGGGAAGUUGAAAAGUGGACUAGUUGCUUUCCUGCAUGUUAUGGCCUGUUUGGUUAUCUACAUCGUUUUUGGUCUA